UUUACCCUCCACACCGACUGGGACUUAUUUGGUUAAAGCACCAAGGGACAAUGGUCCUCAGUGGGGGGCUGGUCCUGGGACUCCACACCUUGAUGACCCUCCUGAGCCCCCAGGAAGCUGGGGCCAUCAAGGCUGACCACAUGGGCUCCUACGGACCAGCCUUCUACCAGUCCUAUGAUGGCUCGGGUCAGUUCACCUACGAUUUCGAUGGAGAGCAGCUGUUCUCUGUGGACCUGAAGAAGAGGGAGGCUGUGUGGCGUCUGCCUGAAUUUGGCAACUUCGCCUACUUUGACCCGCAGCAUGGGCUGGCCAGUAUCACGAUGAUCAAAGCGCAUCUGGACGUCUUGGUGGAGCGCUCGAACCGUACCAGAGCCGCCAACGUGCCCCCAAGAGUGACUGUGCUGCCCAAGUCUCACGUGGAGCUGGGCCAGCCCAACGUCCUCAUCUGCGUCGUGGAGAACAUCUUCCCCCCUGUCAUCAAUAUCACCUGGCUGCGCAACGGGCAGACCAUCACCGAGGGGGUGGCCCAGACCAGCUUCUAUGCCCAGCCCAACCAUCUGUUCCGGAAGUUCCACUACUUGCCCUUCGUGCCCUCGGUGGAUGACUUCUAUGACUGCAAGGUGGAGCACUGGGGCCUGGACCAGCCGCUCUUUAAGCACUGGGAGCCCCAGGUGCCUACCCUGCUGCCUGACACCACAGAGACCCUGGUCUUCACCCUCGGCCUGGCCCUCGGCCUGGCCGGCUUCCUCGUGGGCGUCAUCCUCAUCAUCACAGGCACAUGCCUGUCCAGCACCCCCAGGUAAUGGCCCUUCUGAGAGAAACAGGUAGGGGAGACACCCUACGGCUUCCUGGCAAGUGUCUGACAGCCCUUGGAUGCUCAGUGUCAGAGUCUACCACAUUCAUCCCCACCGUGCUGACUUUGAAAGGGAUCAACCUCUGUCCUACAGGUCUCCUCCUUUUUGGCUCCUGUACUCAAGGCAGGGACUUGUGGGGCACCAAGGAGUUCCCUUUCCCACCCCCAAAACACACACACACACACACACACACACACACACACACACACACACUUUCUUGCUCUACCCAAAGCCCUGGCUAGCCGCAGUAAAAUUUUAAACAGUGUUUGCACUGUAUUCAUUUUACCAGGUCUUGGCCAAUUCUUUCAGGGUGUAAGGGAUGCUGGGAUCUGGAAGUGGGGACUUCUGGGGAUGACUACUGAGCAUGACCACCUGCUACUGGGGAUUGACAAUCAUUCCCGGGCCAGUCUAGCUACGUCUUGCUCCAUUUGACUCAUCAGUUUGGGUCCCCUUGUGUGUCACGUGUGAACGGACUGUUUCACAUGGACAUCAUGAAAUCAACAUCCUGAAUUCGGAUUUGCCCCAAAAGGGAUGCAGAGUAUCCUGUUCAUUGCAACUCCCCGCAACCAAUGACAGUUCUACAGGGCACCAGGAGAGGAAACGUUCAUGGAAAUUUCAGUCUUGUCCAGAUUUACUCUGUCAUGAAGAGGCCAUUGGUAUCUAGCCAUGAUCUACAAUGUCAUCUCCUUUUUCUACAUUCCCUAGAGUCCCAAGCAUGACAAAGAGGCCCAAGGCUUGGGUAGGAUGGCCAUAUCUUCUGCCUGGGGUCAAUCAUAUCAGGUAGGAGGGUAGCAGUGUAGAUCAUCAAGGUAUCUGGUAAGAGGAAGGUCUAGGAGAGAUCCACCUGAAUGCUCUCUAAAUCUGUGGCCCGGAAGGUUUUAGUUUACUGUGAACAAAAUUUAAAAUGCACACAAAGUGGUAACUAACUAUACAAAGUAGUUUAUGUCAAGUACCAAGUGAGUGGUACAGAUUGAUGGUUUUCAAACUGGAAUACAGAGAAGAGUCACUUGAGAGCCUUUUAAAAAGUACAGGCUUCUCCCAGAUCAACUGAAUUAGAAUCUCGGGGCUGGGGAGAGUGGUGACGGGGAGUCUGUAAUAUUUUAACAUGCUCUAGAUGGUGCCGAUGAAGCCAUCCUGGACCCAGGCUGUGGUCUGGGAACAGGGACCCAUGGACAGAGUCUGGUGCUAUUGGAGGUCAUUGGAAGAGAGGAUCCCUGAGGUCUGAGUAGUCCAGGAGGGCUUUCUGGAAAACCUGUUUUUUUUAGGGCAUGAAAGUUGAGGAAGGGACUUCCCAGUGGUUAAAACUCUGUGCUUCUAAUGCAGGGGCACAGGUUCAAUCCCCGGUUAGGGAACGUGCUGUUCCACACAGCCAAAAAAGAAAAAGUUGAGCAAGAUACAGGUGAGUAGGGGCAAGAUGGGGGUUGGAACUGGGAGCAUUUGGUCCCGGAAAAGAGAGAAACCAAGAGAUUAUGGAGACUCUGUGGAUUUCCCAAGAGAGAAUAAAUGGGGGGAAAUCGAUGGCCAGAAGAGGACUCGGAUGGAAGUGGGAGAAGAUGGUUCUAAUCCAGGUUUUUGCUUGCCAGUCACAGAAACCCUAUUAAAAUGGUUAUAGACAAAAGGAGAGGGUAUUUACGAUAAAGACACAAGAGUGGUAUUCAGAACCCAAGGGUGGGUUUGAGCCAGGCCCUGCAAGGAACAGAACUCAGAGUGGAAGAGCCAGCAGAACGCAGAGCAGUCCGUCUUGCUCUCUCUCUCUGGGCCAUAGGGUCCCUGUUUUCUAGAUCCCUUGGUACGUCAGCCAUAUUCUCUCCCUAUGGACUGACUGUCCUUUUCAGCCGACAUGUCAACCCUAUAGGUCCUGUGUUUGUAUGUCACCUCAGCUCUAGCCGCCCACAGACUGUGUCUCCCAGUCACAAUUUUAAAUCAUU